AUGGAAGAGGUACGCAAGAGGGUGGAACGAGGAAAGGAAAAAAUUAAACAAAUUGGUAAAGAAAUCCACCAAUUUGAUUUAAAAAAGAGUGUAGAAAAAAUUUUUGUAAAAAAAGGAAAAGAAAAGAAACUCAGUGACAUGUUAUUUUUGGUACAAUACUCACUGAAAUAUAAAAAUGUGUGCAAGUGGCCGAACUAUAAUGACCUCUUCGUGAUCAAUUGUAACAUAAAUGAUAAUUUCAAAUCUAUGCUUCAAAAAAAUGGGGGAUUUGUUCACCACUAUAAAAAGGUCACGCCUGAUGGAGGGGCAGAUAGCACCCCCACGAUGAACCAAGGCAGGGAAACCACACUCGGGGGUAGCAAUCAAAGCGGCACGGCGAAUCGCAACGCUGAGGGGGAUGCCCCCCAGACAGGAGAGAAGCAAAUAGACGCAAAUUCGGAGAAUGGCUUGUCGAGCAAGACUAACAAACCACGGAGUGGCGCAGACAGGGGAGGGCAAAUUUACCCCGAGGGGACACCUUUAACGAAAGGGGAACUGCCACAGAACUCCCCUUCAGAGAAGCACUCCCCGAAUAACCCCCCUCCAGAUAACUCCCUGCCAAACAGCGCACUCAUAAAAAAGGAAAGCAAAUUUGUAACCCACUUUAAUGACGACAUAAGUCCGUACGACAAAAUAAAGUUGCAACUUUUUAUGUACUUCGUGUUGAACAAUUAUAGAGUUAAAAUUCUAGUGGACGCCUUAUCUGCGUUAAAUCGCCCAAUUAACGUUAUCUACAUAAAUUGCCCUAAUAAUAAAGAGCAGAAGAAAACAUUUUUUCAAAAGGUGGGGAGCUUCUUCACCCCCCCGUACAAAGUGGGUGAUGUUUUUGUGAAUAAUAAAAAUAAUUAUCAACCAAAGAGCAAGGAAAAUUGCUCGUGCUCGGAAUUGUCCCCCAUUAGGUAUAGUAACAACCCAACCACUGCUCCUUCCAAGGAAAGAAAAUCAAAUUACGUAGGUGGGUACAACCCUAUAAGCAACACCAUUUGGCUGUGUUCAAAUAAUAUUAACAGUUAUUAUAAGCUCAAAUAUAUACUGACGCAUGAACUUAUACAUGCCUUUGAUUUUGCAAGGGCAAAUAUAGACAUGUAUAAUUGCCACCAUAUUGCUUGUUCCGAAAUAAGAGCCUACAAUAUGAGCAAUCAGUGCAGCUAUUUUAACAGCAAGUAUUUUUCCCCCGACCAUGAUGUCUUUACUAAUUUUAAAAGCCCCUCAAUUAGCGCUACCCCAAAAAAUAAAUGCAUAUAUAAUAAUGUGUAUUCGUCUCUCAACCAGUACAAGCCUUGCGCAAACAACACCCAUCAGUUUAUAAAUCACGUCUUCGAGAAAUGCCUGCACGAUUACUGGCCCUUCAUGUGCUCUCCCGAACAGGACAGCAAGUAUAAACCCUCCAAGAUUUUUAAGAAGGAUUCCUGA